CUAUCUACAGGAACCUCAAACGUAUCGCCGAAUCAAAGGGCAUCACAACCUUUGAGUUUGAGUACUACUGUACCGUACUCUCUUCCGGCCGAAUCAGGCAAAGAGUCUUCUAUCCGUUUCAUAUCCUCUCAAGGCCCCAAGCUGAGAGCAUCGGGUGGGAUUGGCAUAUUCUGUUCCAGAUCUGUCGGGACAUGCUCAAAAAGAUGCGAAAAGAAUGUAACAAGCACGCAGAGAAAGCAGGCCACGGAGAGGCUCAUGUAGAUGCGGUCCGACUUAUCUACUGGAUGGGAACCUGGGUUUGCGACCAGAUCAGUCGUCUCAAAGCCGAAGAGUCCGACAAGGAAGAGAUCGCGUUCUCCUUGAUGCUUGAUCGCUGGGGGUUACCUAUUGUCCCUUGGGUUUCGCAUAUCCUUCGAGUCUCACUUUGCAAGAAACAAGAUCACGGAAUUGCAAUGGUUUUUGGUAUUGAAGACGCCCCUGGCUUUGAUCCUGUACAGCAUAUUGAUCUUACUCGUGCCACCGUUACUCUAGACACGGGCUUUACAAACAUGGCAAUGAGGAACUUUGAUGCUGGCUCUUGGGAUAAUCUCCGAGCAAUCCUUAUGCAGGUACCUCUGCAUCACCCUUUCUGGAAGGUUGAUCUAUCUCUUGGGGAUAGCGUCUGGGCAGGAGAAUGGGACAGGUCGAUUCAGCCUCAGGCGCCUACUCCUGAGUUCCAGGCCAACCUUUUGUCGAUCGAGGCAUGGGUUGAUGAACAGCCCAGAGAUCCCUUCGCUUGCGCAUACUGUGGCCAGACAUUUAACAGUGCCGGUCGAUUGGUCGAGCAUUCCCGAGGGUGCUCUAGAGGCAUUCAGGAUGAACAAGAAGCACCAAACCUCGGGCAAGACAAUGCCGAUCAAGAAUACUGGGACAGCAUACACAAAUGUGAUAUUUGCGGUCGGGCAUUCGCACAGGCUGACUAUCUCACGGCGCACAAGAGAACACAUACUGGGGAGAAGCCCUUUAAGUGUGAUAUUUGCGGUCGGGCAUUCGCACAGGCUCAAUAUCUCACAGACCAUAAGAGAACACAUACUGGGGAGAAGCCCUUUAAGUGUGAUAUUUGCGGUCGGGCAUUCGCAACGUCUCAACCUCUCAUAGCCCAUAAGAGAACACAUACUGGGGAGAAGCCCUAUAAGUGUGAUAUUUGCGGUCGGGCAUUCGCAACGUCUCAACCUCUCAUAGCCCAUAAGAGAACACAUACUGGGGAGAAGCCCUAUAAGUGUGAUAUUUGCGGUCGGGCGUUCGCACAGAAGGCCGGGCUCAAUAGACACAAGAUGGUACAUACUGGGGAGAAGCCCUGUAAGUGCGAUAUUUGCAGUCAGUCAUUCUCACAGCCUGGUGAUCUCAAGCGACACAAGAGGACACAUACUGGGGAGAAGCCUCAUAAGUGUGAUAGUUGCGGUCAGUCAUUCGCACGAGCUGGCAAUCUCAAGGUACACAAGAGGCUACACACCGGGGAGAAGCCUUAUACGUGUUCUUGCGGCAAAGCAUUUGCAGAUGAUUCUAAUCUUACAAAGCAUAAGAAGAGUUCCAACCACUGA